CUUACGUAAAUCAUAUAUAAAGAGAGACCCAACAAAAGAAAUAAAAAAAAAAGGAAAAAUUAAAACGCGGAUCAAAAUCCAUUUGCUUUCAUUUCGCGUUUUGUUGCGUCUUUCGUCAGAUCUGCUCCAUUUCUGGAUAAGCAUCUCUCAUCUUCUUCCCAUGGACGGCGGCGGAGGAGGUGAUAGUGGUUCAGUGGCGACCCCGGUUCAACAGAAAGCACACGAGGCGUGGAGAAUCUACCAGCAUUACCUCGACAAGACCACGCCUCACGCUACUUACAGGUGGAUCGGGACUCUCGUCGUGGCCCUCGCCUACUGUCUGAGGGUUUACUACAUCCAGGGAUUCUACAUCAUCGCUUACGGUCUCGGGAUCUACCUCUUGAAUCUCCUCAUCGGGUUCUUGUCCCCUCUCGUUGAUCCCGAGGCUGCUGGUGGGGGAUCUGAUGGACCUUCGCUUCCUACUAGAGGCUCUGAUGAGUUCAAGCCUUUCAUCCGCCGUCUCCCUGAGUUCAAGUUCUGGUAUUCGAUGACAAAGGCGUUCUGCAUUGCGUUUGUGAUGACGUUCUUCUCGGUGUUUGACGUGCCUGUGUUCUGGCCUAUCCUGCUUUGCUAUUGGAUCGUUCUCUUUGUUCUCACCAUGAGACGCCAGAUCUCCCACAUGAUCAAGUACAAGUACAUCCCUUUCAGCUUCGGCAAACAGAAAUAUGGUGGACGAAGCGCCAGCGGCCCACGUAAUGCGGACUGAACUGACCAACUUUUAUGAUGAAUGUUGGCCAUUGCAAAACAACAAAACAUUUGUUUUUUUUUUUUUAGAAAAUCAUUUUGGACUAUUUUUACAUUUGACAAAAGUUAUGCAGCUACAAGGGAAGGAUUUAGAGGAAAAAACAAACGAAAGAUGGAAUUAAAAUUUGUUUUAGCUUAGCAGUAAUAUUGUUCGUUGCAAUAGUGUCACCUUCUAUAGUUAUAUGAUUUGUUCUGUUGCUCUUA